UUUGGAAAAACACGGCAUACAAAACGUUAUUUAACAAAAAGUAAAUUUAUACUAAUUUGCUGCUUAAAAUUUAAACAAAAUGCAAAAGAAACGUCUGGGAGGCAAUACAUUGCUGGAUAAACUUCACCGUGGUGCUGUCUACUCCUGUUUAGCAGUCACUUUAUAUGGCACUUUCCUGCUGGGCAUGAGAGGCUAUCGUUAUUACACAGUGGUCAAGCCAGAACGUGAGAAGGCUGAACUACAAAUGAUUACCGAAGGCUCCCACGAUACAGCCAAGGAAUUAAAAUGUUAAUAGAGUUUAUAUAUGUUUGUGUAUAUUUAUUUUGUUAAGCUUAAAUAAAAAAUUAAACUAAAUAAAUAAGAAAUAUAAUGAAAAA